AUGGAAGCUGUCGGUCUUACCGUCGGCUUACUUGCUUUAGUCGGAGUGUUCGAAGACUGUGUAACGCUUUUGUCGCAGUUUGGGGCGGCCAAAUCUAUCGGGAAGGAUUACUCAUAUCUUGCGACCAGACUCGAUUUCCAAAGAACAUUACUGUUACAAUGGGCGGAACGGCUCAAGCUCUACGACAACAAAGAGUACGAUACACGAUUGAAGGACCCAUACCUUAAGGAUCUUAUCCAGUCAGGUCUUCAAUGCAUUAUUCAGCUCUUGCAGGACGGGCACCUACUACAGGAUCGCUAUGGUGUGAGGCCGGCUAAUAUCCAGGAAGCAGCUGAAACUUCAACGGCACUCAGCAGUCGCUUGAGUUUGCGCAUAAGCAAGCAGUCGCUGGGUCUUUGGAAAUUGCACAACCACGCAGCCCCUCAACACGACCAUACUGAUUCUUCACAUACUCCUUCCGACGCAGAUAGUCAAAGCAGACUUCGCACCUCGGAUAAGGUCAGAUGGGUCAUCAAAGACAAAGAACAGUUCGAAAGUCUCGUUCGAAAACUAUCGGAUCUUCUCAUGGACCUAGACAGGGUCAUACCUCCGUUGCAACUUGGCUGGUCUCAUCAGAUCGUACUGGAGAAUGAGAUCAAAAAACUUAAGAGCGUUCGCGAAUUGAGAAAGGUUAUGAAUGCUUCCGUAUUCGAGGACAGUAAUCUUAUCGAUGUUACUACGCAGACUAUCGACCGAGAAUGCACUCGAUCCAUUCUUAACCGCCUUUGGUUCCGUUUGAUCGAUGACAGGAAGAACCACAUCGCCGAAGCUCAUUCGAAGACUCUCGAGUGGGCCAUCAAUCCUCCCGCUUCUGGCGUCGUCUGGGAUGAUCUGGGCCAGUGGCUACGAUCUGGACAUGGUAUCUACUGGAUACAUGGUAAACCGGGUAGCGGGAAAUCCACGCUGAUGAAAUUUCUUUACAACCACCCCAGGAUUAUGUCAUUAUUGAACGAAUGGGCAUCCGGCCGAAAACUGACCGUGGCCUCAUUCUUCUUGUGGAACAUUGGAUCUUCGGAGCAGAACUCCCAGGAAGGACUUGCUCGAGGGCUGCUAUAUCAUGUUCUCCAACAAAACCAGGGACUAAUCCCUGCAGUACUACCGGACAUGUGGCAAGAAGCGCAAAUCGGUGUCGUCGACUUGAAAGUCCCGUCAAAGGCUGAAACGAAGAUUGCAUUCGAGAGAGUCUGCGCCGAAACCACAGAAGGAGCGUUUGCCUUCUUCAUUGACGGCCUCGAUGAGUUUAACGGCAAUCACCGAGAUGGCAUAUCAUUCGUGAAGAGUCUCGUCACUAGCGCACAUAUCAAAAUACUGGUCUCAAGCAGGCCUAUCGAUACAUGUGUCGCAGCGUUCUCGUCAGCUCCCAUGCUGAGGCUACAAGACCUUACAGCAUCGGACAUCGCGACAUAUAUCAAUGACGUUGUGCGGGCACACCCCUACACCGCAGAGCAUAGCUAUCUGAGUGGCAAGACUGUCCAAAGGCUGGUGAAUGAUAUACGAAGAAAAGCGGAUGGUGUGUUCCUCUGGGUUGUGCUAGCAUGCCGCGCACUUAUCGAGGGUCUCGAGGCUUACGACGAUGAAGAAGAGCUUCGACGUCGCGUCGAUGAGUUACCACCGGAACUAGAGAGUCUCUUCCAGCACAUACUUAAUGGCCUGCCUCCCCGCUACCUCCAACAAGCUGCCAAACUCCUGCGAGUUUGCUACGUAAAUCGACUGUUGCAGAUUGAAGCUGAAAUAAGUGCCUUUGGGCUAGCUUGGGCUCACGUGCAAGAUAUGGACAUAUCAAAAUUGGGUAACUUCGUUCAAUUCUCGCUCGACCAACGGAAAGAGAAAUAUAAGAUAUUGGAAGGCCGCCUACGCAGUCGGUGCAGAGGACUUCUGGAGUUCAAAACACCUGUUUCCGACGAGACCCCGUCUAUCGACUUUAUGCACCGUACGGUUUUCGAAUAUCUUAGUGUUCCAGAUGUCUGGAAAAUGGACUGCUUGCAGAUCCAUGAACGUCAGUUCGACGCCAAUACUAUACUUGCGUACAUGUCUUGCUACGAACUGUAUCUCUACGAAGGACUAGAGGACGAAGACCAUGAUCCUCUCUUGGUCGUUUCCAAUUACGUGCGGAAAGUUGAAGAAAGUUCGCCGUCAAACUUGCCACAUCUACUCAACAGCUUCGCAUUUGCGCUUACGUAUCGUGGAGAAAGCAAAGAGAAACGAGAGGUUUCCCUUAUGCCUGCCUUAUUAAUGCAGAAGACUGCUUCCAUGCUGGCUGUAGAACUCGAUCUGACUACUUUCGUCAAAAGUCAGAGUGUGCGCAAGUUCAACGCCCUACCGAGAUCACACAGAUCGGGAGGGAACUCGGAAAAGACACUCUUAUAUCACGCGUUCAAGAAGCCCUUGACUCUCCAUGAAGGAGACCCAUGCUCGUCAAUCAUGAUCGGUCAUCUUGUCCGUUCUGGGUGCGGUCCAAACCAGAGCAUCGCGUUGAACGGAAAAGACACAAGAACCUGUUGGGACAUAUGGAUGCAGUCUAAGCACAUGAAAGACGAUGCAGUUCUUGCGCCUCUUCAGUCUGCCGAGAUAACAAUGAUCAUGAUUCGCGCCGGUGCUGUAUUCGUACCCUUCGAUCCCAGCGACCCCAAUGCCAUCAUUCCUCAUCUCACCGCUAGAGGCUACCGAACGCGUCUCAAAGAGAAGGCGGAGCAAUGGUUGGAAUUUUCACCGACACUGGAAAACGCAAGGGAGCAGCAAGAAUUGAGAGCACUUUGCAAUGAGAUCCUAGAAACAGUAGCGGCGAGCUAUGGAAAACGACCGUAG